GAACCAGAGGAGGAGAAAAGAGGGGUGGAAGAAUUUGGCUUGAAGACCUCCAGCCGCCUUCAAACUUCUGGGAUGAGGUGGUGGCUGUUGGUGGCCAGUCUGUGGCUGCUGCUGGUCCUGACUGUCUCAGAUGCCCAGACCAGGAGACCUCGCAACGAGGAUGGAGAGGCUCGCCGAGGGAAAAGGAAGAAGGACAGAAUGGGUCACGGGCGGGCCAGAGCAGGGCGCACUAGACCUCCGAGGAUCAGGCUGUUUCCUGGUCCCAGCAUCCCAGUGGAGCCUGGACAAAACCAAGGAAACACUUUGCUCCUGAAGUCCUACAAAAACAUAGAAGAACAGUACUCCACCUACAACGUCAUCCCAGGUAAGCAGGGCCAGUGUGUGUACCAGGGUCUGACCAUGUUCGACCAGGCCGUCUGGUCUCCCAAGCCGUGUGUGACCUGUCUGUGUACCGGAGGGCGGGUGGUUUGUGAUGAGAUCACUUGUCCCGUAACGCACUGCCACUUCCCCUUCACUCCUGAUGGGGAGUGCUGUCCCGUCUGCAUGGAGUCAGACCCCGACCCCGACCUCAGCCUUGACAUUUCUGGUGAUUCCCCAGUUCCCAAUGACCCUAUCGAGGCUACGACCCCACUGACCCCUGAGGAGAUUCAGCGGAUCCUGUGGCGUGAGGAAGAGGAGCACCGUCAGGAAGAGGAGCUUCUGAGGAAGAAGGAUGAGGCCAAGAAGAAGAAGAGGAAGCAGAGGAAAGAGCAGGCGGAGAAACAGCGGAGGAUAGUGGAGAAGAGGAGAAGGGAGGAAGAGGAGGCACUGAGGCGGCAGGUAGAGAAAGAGGAAGAGGUGUGGAGGAGGCAGCUGGAGGAACAGGAGAGGAGGAGGCAGGAGGAGGUAAGGAGACAGGAGGAGGAGGACAGGAAGCGAAAGGAGUUUGAGAAAGAAAUGAGGGAAAAGGAAAGGAAGCAAGAAGAGGAAAGGAGGAGGCUAGAGGAGAGGCUGAGGGAAGAGCUACUUGGUCUAGCAGAAGAGGAGGAGGAGGAGGAGGAGCAGGAGGAGGUUUGGCUAAGAGGAGACGUCUUCACGAUGCUCCCAAAAGAACCUGAAGAACCAGAUCUCCCUGCUCCAAUUCCAAGACCUCCUGCUACAACAGAGGAUGAGCUGGAGGAGGAGGAGGAAGAGGAGGAGGAAGGGGAGGAGAGGGUGGUGGUGGUACAGAACAGGGGAAGCCUUCCUCCGGGCUGUGACAUCUCUGACGUCACGGUGACAUGUGAAAAUGCCAAACUCACUUACUUCCCUGCUCUGUCCAUCCCUGAGCUCAAGUCUCUCAGUCUGGAGGGCAACAACAUCAGCAGCAUCCCAGCAGAAGCCUUCAACGGCAUCCCCAACCUGGAAUGGAUCAACCUCAAGAAAAACAAACUCACUUCUUCUGGCAUUGAUAGUAAAGCCUUCAAAGGUCUGAAGAUGCUGUCGCGUCUAUACCUGGAUGGGAAUCUUCUAGAAGAGGUGCCCUCUAACCUCCCACCCGCUCUACAGGAAUUGAAGAUCAGUGAGAACAACAUGAGAAGGAUACACAAAACAAGCUUCCAAGGUCUGAGCAACCUUGUGAUUCUGGAGUUGGAGGGAAAUUUGCUGAGUGAGGGAUAUGUAGAUCCUCUGGCCUUCAGACCCCUCAUCGAGCUCUCCUACCUCAGACUGGGUAGAAACCACUUCCGCACCAUACCACUGGGCCUUCCCAGUUCACUGCUGGAACUGCACUUGGAGAACAAUUUGAUUGAGGAAAUCUCAGAGACAGUUUUCAAUCAGACACUGAGUCUGAACGUUGUUUCUCUGAGGCACAACAGGCUGGACGAAACCAGGAUUGCUCCUUUGGCCUGGAUCAACCACAGAAAUCUGGAGUCCAUUGACCUUUCACAUAAUGACCUUUACCUGGUUCCGUCUUACCUACCCAAAUCUCUGGUCCACCUAGUGCUGGUGGGAAAUAAGAUAGAGAGGAUACCUGGUUACGUCUUCGCCCACAUGGAUCCUGGUAUAGAGUACCUCUACCUCUCCUACAACAAACUGGAUGGUGAGGGAAUUGAACCGGAGUCAUUCUUCGGCUCGUACCACUCUAUGGUGGAAAUGUGUCUGGAUCACAACCAGCUGGUUUCUGUGCCCUCUGGCAUCAACGAGAUGACCAACUUACACUUCCUCAGACUAAACAAUAACAACAUCAGGAGCAUCCCUGAAGAAGGCAUCUGUGACGCAAACCACAGCGGAGACUCCACUCUGGUAGCCCUGAGGCUGGAGAACAACUACAUCGACCCCCAAAAGGUCUCGCCGAGAGCCUUCUCCUGUGUACGCUCCUCCUCCAGUGUCGUCUUAAAACCUCAGAGAACCAAGUGACCGGAGUCCACACCAAUCCACAAAACCAAAAGACACACCUUUAACCCCCAGAAACAUAGAGAAAAAUACCAAGAUAAAUC